AUGUCUCGCGAUACACUGUCGCAGACGCCGCACCAGCCCGUGGCCGAAGUUUCCAACGAAAAGGCAUCGUACGCCCUGGACGAAGGCAGCGGCAGUAGCGCUACGAACGCAAACGUACCUGCAGCCACGAAAAAGGGCCGCGCGCUCCUCCACGUCCCAUCUCGAACGUCCUCACAGAAAAACCAGCCCUCCCCGACAUCCACAGGUCUCAGCGGCGCCACUGCAAGCGACUCGCGCGACAGCAUCGGUCGCCAAUCUCGAGAAUCGAAGAACAGUUUCCUAGCCCGCCAUCGCAACGGCAGCGUAUCCAGCAAACACUCGGGUGUCGUCACCGGCCCCACAAACACACCCGGCAACUCACAACCCAGCUCGCCCGCCGUGGCAACAAACGCCCACCAGAAGCGGAAGAAGGGGGGCGGCGGCUUCCUGGCAAUCUUCGGCUGCUGCACCGUCCCCGAAGAUGCCAACGCCCUCGACGUCGACGACCAACCCCUUCCUGCCAACAAACUAAAGGACAUUCCCCCACGCCCUGCUACCGCCAGCCGUAGGACGGCCACACCCAACGACGAGAUCAGCGCUGCAGGCCGCGUCGCUCUCAACGAGAAGGACGAGCACCGCCAAGAGGCGUUUGCGGACGAGCCACUUCUCCAGACACGGCAGCCCGAGCCUCAGUACAUGCCCUCGGGCGCGCAGCAAGGUUCCACAUCAGGAGUUGCAUCGUCGUCCAAGGAGAAACGGAGCUCAGGGGCAACUACGGUGCAAGACCAAGCGUCAUCCGCCGCAGCGUCAACAGCUGUUGCAGGCACAUCUACCCUUGGCGACUCCGACUCAAAACGCGCGUCUCUGACCGGUGCCACCAGCGGUGGAAGUAUAGCAGGUGCCCCUAUCGUCACCGUCGAGCCGCCCAGCCACCAGGCUACGGCUGACGAGACGCACAACGCAGGGGAGAGCGUUGCAGCAGGAACACCGGCCCACAAAGACGGCAACGUGGCAGGGGGGCACGGUAGUGACGACGAUGUUGAGAUGCAAGACGCAGGUGUUGCCACAUCAUCCGCUCGGAAUGCACAGGUCCUGACACAGGUGCCCGAAGUGCUCCCCAACGUACCACCACCUCCUCCUGGCCCGGCGCCGACGGGCGCUCUGCCGCAGGUUGAUAACCACAACGCAAACAUUGCCGAACUGAUUGAGCAGCACCGCCAGAAGGCUCUUCUGCCACCUAUUGAGCCGCACCUCAAGGGACGGAAAUGUUUGGUUCUGGAUCUCGAUGAGACGCUGGUGCACAGUUCAUUCAAGGCCGACUUCACGAUACCCGUGGAGAUUGAGGGCAACUAUCACAAUAUCUACGUGAUUAAGCGGCCGGGUGUCGACCAGUUUAUGAAGCGUGUCGGCGAGCUGUACGAGGUGGUUGUGUUCACGGCUUCUGUCUCCAAGUACGGCAACCCUCUGCUCGACCAGCUGGACAUCCACAACGUCGUGCAUCACCGCCUGUUCCGUGAGAGCUGCUUCAACCAUCAGGGCAACUAUGUCAAGGAUCUGUCUAUGAUUGGUCGCGACCUCAAGGACACCAUCAUUAUUGACAACUCGCCCACAUCCUACAUCUUCCACCCGCAACACGCUGUUCCGAUUAGCAGCUGGUUCUCGGACGCCCACGACAACGAGCUGCUCGACCUUAUUCCCGUUCUCGAGGACCUGGCUGGCCCAACCGUCCAGGACGUCAGCCUUGUCCUCGAUGUCACUCUUUGA